UUACAGAAGUUCUCACUAAUUCGUCUCAGUGUUUCUCAUAGUGGGUGGAAGAUUUGCAUGUUGCUAGGAAACCAGCAGCUAUUCUUUACUCCUGAGAAAUGGGUCAUUUUUAUGAUUUUCUAUUUUUAUCCAUUUCAGCUAUAUGAACACAACAAUGCCCAUGCUGAAACAUGCUCCCAACGGGAUGUCUUACAUUACAAGCACACACAUACAUGCACUUAACCUGCUUCCAGUCAAAUGUGUGCCUGACGUGUGUGAUUGCUGUCUCUUUGCAGAUGUUUGACUGGAUCAUGCACAACAAAGGGCUGUUUCUGGCUGGAUACACUGAGAUCGGCAACAACCACCCCCACGCCAUGGAGCUGCAGACCCAGCACAACCACUUUGCCAUGAACUGCAUGAAUGUUUAUGUAAACAUAAACCGCAUCAUGUCGGUGGGGAACCGUCUGCUGGAGGCGGGCCACUAUGCGUCCCAGCAGAUCAAACAGAUCUCAGGUCAGCUGGAGCAGGAGUGGAAAGCCUUUGCUGCUGCGCUGGACGAGAGGAGCGCCCUGCUGGAGAUGUCUGCUACUUUCCACCAGAAAUGCGACCAGUAUAUGAGUAAUGUGGACUCAUGGUGUAAAGCAUGUGGGGAGGUGGAUCUGCCCUCUGAGCUACAGGACCUGGAGGACGCCAUCCACCAUCACCAAGGCCUGUAUGAGCAAAUCACCGCUGCCUACUCUGAGGUGAGCCAAGACGGAAAAGUCUUAUUGGACAAACUUCAGCGCCCCUUGACCCCUGGCAGCGCUGAUUCGCUGACGGCUUCUGCCAAUUACUCCAAGGCGGUGCACCAUGUUUUGGACAUUAUCCAUGAGGUUCUGCAUCACCAGAGGCAGCUGGAGAACAUCUGGCAGCACCGUAAGGUCCGGCUGCACCAACGUCUGCAGCUGUGUGUAUUCCAACAAGACGUUCAGCAGGUUCUUGACUGGAUUGAGAACCACGGUGAGGCGUUUCUCAGCAAACACACAGGAGUGGGGAAAUCUCUGCAUCGCGCUCGAGCCCUGCAGAAACGUCAUGAAGACUUUGAGGAAGUUGCUCAGAAUACAUACACAAAUGCUGAUAAGCUGCUUGAAGCUGCGGAGCAGUUGGCCCAGACAGGUGAGUGUGACCCAGAGGAGAUCUAUCAGGCCGCCCAUCAGCUGGAGGACCGGAUCCAGGACUUUGUAAGGCGUGUGGAGCAGCGAAAAGUCUUGCUAGACAUGUCAGUGGCUUUCCACACUCAUGUUAAGGAGCUGUGGACGUGGCUGGAGGAGUUGCAGAAGGAAUUGUUGGACGAUGUGUAUGCCGAGUCGGUGGAGGCCGUUCAGGACCUGAUCAAGCGUUUCGGGCAGCAGCAGCAGACCACACUGCAGUUCACUGUAAAUGUCAUUAAAGAGGGAGAGGAUCUCAUUCAACAACUCAGAGACUCGGCCAUCUCCAGCAAUAAGACCCCUCACAACAGCUCAAUCAACCACAUCGAGAGCGUCCUGCAGCAGCUGGAUGAGGCUCAGGCUCAGAUGGAGGAGCUCUUCCAGGAGAGGAAGAUCAAACUGGAGCUUUUCCUUCAGCUCAGGAUCUUUGAGAGGGAUGCCAUUGAUAUUAUCUCAGAUCUCGACUCAUGGAACGAGGAGCUGUCACAGCAGAUGAAUGACUUUGACACAGAAGACCUGACGCUGGCCGAACAGAGACUGCAGCACCACGCUGAUAAAGCCCUGACCAUGAACAACCUCGCCUUCCAUGUCAUCCACCAGGGCCAGGAACUGCUGCAGUACGUCAACGAGGUGCAGGCGUCUGGUGUCGAGUUGCUGUGUGACCGUGAUGUGGACAUGGCCACCCGUGUACAUGAUCUGCUGGAGUUUCUACAUGAGAAGCAACAAGAGCUGGACGUGGCCGCAGAGCAGCACCGCAGACACCUGGAGCAGUGUGUGCAACUGCGCCACCUACAGGCAGAAGUCAAACAGGUUCUGGGUUGGAUCCGUAAUGGCGAGUCAAUGCUGAAUGCAGGUCUGAUUACGGCCAGUUCACUUCAAGAAGCUGAGCAGUUGCAGAGAGAGCACGAGCAGUUCCAGCAUGCUAUCGAGAAAACCCAUCAAAGCGCCCUACAGGUCCAGCAGAAAGCCGAGGCCCUGCUGCAGGCUAAUCACUACGACAUGGACAUGAUCCGAGACUGCGCCGAGAACGUGGCCUCCCACUGGCAGCAGCUCAUGCUGAAGAUGGAAGACCGGCUCAAGCUGGUCAACGCAUCUGUGGCCUUCUACAAGACCUCCGAACAGGUGUGCAGUGUUUUGGAGAGUCUGGAGCAAGAGUACAAGCGUGAGGAGGACUGGUGCGGUGGAGCGGACAAACUUGGGCCCAACUGUGAAACUGACCAUGUCACCCCCAUGAUCAGCAAGCAUCUGGAGCAGAAAGAGGCCUUCCUCAAGGCAUGCACCUUGGCUAGACGGAAUGCCGACGUGUUCCUAAAAUACAUGCACAGAAACAGUGUCAGCAUGCCGGGGAUGCUGAGUCACGUCAAAGCACCAGAGCAGCAGGUCAAAAAUAUCCUGAAUGAAUUGCUGCAAAGGGAGAAUCGGGUCCUGCACUUCUGGACCUUGAGGAAGAGAAGGCUGGACCAGUGUCAGCAGUAUGUGGUGUUUGAACGCAGUGCCAAACAGGCUCUGGAGUGGAUCCAUGACACCGGUGAGUUCUAUCUGUCCACACACAUCUCCACUGGCUCCAGCAUCCACCACACACAGGAGCUUCUGAAGGAGCACGAAGACUUCCACAUCACAGCCAAGCAAACUAAAGAGCGGGUGAAGCUGCUGAUACAGUUAGCGGAUGGUUUCUGUGAUAAGGGUCACUCCCAUGCCGCUGAGAUUAAGAAAUGGGUCACGGCCGUGGACAAACGCUAUCGAGACUUCUCCCUUCGCAUGGACAAGUAUCGCACGUCUCUAGAGAAAGCCCUCGGCAUCUCCACAGACUCAAACAAAGCAAGUAAAGACCUGCAGUUGGACAUCAUCCCAGCCAGUGCUCCAGGGUCAGAGGUCAAGCUCAGAGAUGCUGCCCAUGAGCUUAACGAAGAGAAGCGCAAGUCUGCCCGCAGGAAGGACUUCAUCAUGGCUGAGCUGAUCCAGACAGAAAAAACUUAUGUACGAGACUUGAGAGAGUGCAUGGAUACAUAUCUGUGGGAGAUGACCAGUGGCGUGGAGGAAAUCCCACCAGGGAUAGUUAAUAAAGAGCAUAUCAUUUUUGGUAACAUGCAGGACCUCUACGAGUUCCAUCACAAUAUAUUCCUCAAAGAGCUGGAGAAGUAUGAGCAGCUUCCUGAAGAUGUGGGCCACUGUUUUGUGACUUGGGCCGAUAAGUUCCAGAUGUAUGUGAACUACUGCAAGAACAAACCAGACUCCACUCAACUUAUUCUUGAGCAUGCUGGAGGAUAUUUUGACGAAAUCCAACAGAGGCAUCGCCUGGCCAACUCCAUCUCAUCAUAUCUCAUCAAACCUGUUCAGAGGAUAACCAAGUACCAGCUGCUCCUCAAGGAGCUCCUGACUUGUUGCGAGGAAGGCAAAGGUGAAAUCAAAGAUGGCCUGGAGGUUAUGCUCAGUGUUCCCAAGAGAGCCAACGACGCCAUGCACUUGAGCAUGCUGGAAGGAUUUGACGAGAACAUUGAGUCCCAGGGAGAACUGAUCCUUCAGGAGGCGUUCCAGGUGUGGGAUCCCAAGACCCUGAUCCGUAAAGGACGGGAACGUCACCUGUUCCUCUUUGAGAUGUCACUGAUCUUCAGCAAGGAGGUUAAAGAUUCCAAUGGCAGGAGCAAGUACAUCUACAAGAGCAAGCUUUUUACAUCUGAACUGGGUGUUACUGAGCAUGUGGAAGGUGAUCCAUGUAAAUUUGCCCUCUGGGUUGGCCGGACCCCAACUUCAGACAACAAGAUUGUCCUCAAGCUAAGUCAGGGAUGCAAACAUGGAUCCAUGGCGUCCAGUAUUGAGAACAAACAGGACUGGAUAAAGCACAUCCGUGAAGUGAUUCAGGAGCGCACUGUGCAUCUGAAGGGGGCUCUGAAGGAGCCCAUUCACAUCCCCAAACAUUCCACAGCCAAACACAAGGGUCGCAGAUACACCCCCAGGGAUGGAGAGGAUCUGGACAGUCAGGGUGACGGCAGCAGUCAGCCGGACACCAUCUCACUUGCCUCCAGGACCUCACAGAACACACUGGACAGCGACAAGUUGUCAGGUGGUUGUGAGCUCACAGUGGUCAUCCAUGACUUCAUGGCCGGUAACAGUAAUGAACUGACAGUGCGAAGGGGACAGACGGUGGAGGUACUAGAGAGGCUCCACGAUAAGCCAGACUGGUGCUUGGUGCGGACCACUGACCGUUCCCCUGCCCUGGAGGGCCUGGUGCCCUGCGCCAUGCUCUGCAUUGCCCACUCCCGCAGCAGCAUGGAAAUGGAGGGCAUCUUUAACCACAAAGACGCGCAUUCUGUGUGCAGUAACGAUGCCAUCGUGCCAGGCUCCUCUGCCACCCUACAACCAGGUCAUGUGAUGGGCUCCCAGAGUUCCCCUGGGCCCAAACGCACUGGCAAUACAUUAAGGAAAUGGCUGACCAGCCCUGUGAGGCGACUCAGCAGUGGUAAAGCCGACGGCCACGUGAAAAAGCUUGCGCACAAACACAAGAAGAGCCGUGACGUCAGAAAGAGCGCCGACGCAGGCUCACAGAAAGACUCGGACGAAAGCGCAGCCACACCACAGGAUGAGACUCUGGAAGAGAGGGUGCGUAACGAGGGUCUAAGCAGCGGGACCCUCUCCAAAUCAUCAUCAUCAGGUAUGCAGAGCUGUGGAGAGGAAGAGGGAGAGGAAGGAGCUGAUACUGUGCCUCUUCCUCCACCCAUGGCCAUCCAGCAGCACAGCCUCCUCCAGCCGGACGCACAGGAUGACAAGCUAAGCAGACCUGAGGCCACACCCAGACACAAAUGGGAAAGUCUGGAAGGCACAGCAAGGACCUCUUCCCGUCUCUCUGUCCGACCCUCCAGUUCUGAAACGCCUAGCGCUGCAGAGCUAGUCAGUGCCAUUGAGGAGCUGGUCAAAAGCAAGAUGGCUUUGGAGGACAGACCCAGCUCUUUGUCUGUGGAGCAAGGGGACAGCAGCAGCCCCUCUUUCAACCCAUCUGAUAACUCCCUUCUCUCCUCCUCCUCUCCGAUCGAUGAGAUAGAGGAACGCAAGACCGGCUUUCUCAAGAGACGGCAUUACGUUCUGCUGGAACUGAUCGAGACAGAGAGGGACUAUGUGAGAGAUCUCAGUUUGGUCGUGGAGGGCUACAUGACCAGGAUGAGGGAAGAUGGAGUUCCAGAUGAUAUGAAAGGAAAAGACAAAAUAGUUUUUGGAAACAUUCAGCAGAUAUAUGACUGGCACAAAGAUUUCUUCCUGGGAGAGCUUGAAAAGUGCCCUGAGGUUCCUGACCGGCUAGGCCCUCUCUUCGUCAAACAUGAGCGAAGACUGCACAUGUACAUUGUUUACUGCCAGAACAAACCUAAAUCUGAGCACAUUGUCUCAGAGUAUAUCGACACCUAUUUUGAGGAUCUGAAGCAGCAUCUGGGUCACAGGCUUCAGAUCACUGAUCUGCUCAUUAAACCUGUGCAGAGAAUCAUGAAGUACCAACUGCUGCUUAAGGAGUUCCUUAAAUUUUCCAAAAAAAUCGGAAUUGAUUCAGUAGAAUUGGAGAGAGCGGUUGAGGUCAUGUGCAUUGUACCAAAAAGAUGCAAUGACAUGAUGAAUGUUGGUCGACUCCAGGGAUUUGAUGGAAAGAUCAUUGCUCAGGGGCGUCUCCUCCUGCAAGACACCUUCAUGGUGGCUGAACCGGAUGGAGGCCUGCUGAACAGAAUGAAGGAGAGAAGAGUCUUCCUCUUUGAACAGAUUGUCAUCUUCAGUGAACCUUUAGAUAAAAAGAGGGGCUUCUCGAUGCCUGGCUACCUGUACAAAUACAGCAUCAAGGUGAGCUGUCUGGGGAUUGAGGAAUGUGUGGAUGGAGACCCAUGUAAAUUCGCACUGACCUCCAGAACGUCUAAUGGCAGCAAAGAUGCCUUUAUUCUGCACUCAAGCCAUCCUGGAGUACGACAAGUCUGGAUGCUGCAGAUCAGCCAAAUCCUGGAGAGUCAACGCAAUUUCCUCAAUGCACUUACAUCUCCCAUAGACUACCAGAGGAACCAUGUCGAGGGGCCUGGUAUCUCAGGCAGCAGCAUACAGGCUGGAAGUAGCGGGGGUCAGGUUAUGGCCCCCGGAGGAGGUGGAGGGGCCCCGGCUGGGUCGGGCUCCCGCUCCCGUCCCUCCCGCAUCCCCCAACCCUCGCGCUUGCCUCAGCCACUCCGUCAUCACUCUCCUGCCCUGGGGCCCGGAGCCCACGAGCCUGACGGCCUCGACAAAAUAUCAGAGUGAAAGCAGCAGCAGCAGUAAUAUAUCCACCAUGUUGGUGACUCAGGACUAUGUGGCUCUGAAAGAGGAUGAGAUAA